AUGACUGAGAAGCAGGAGACGUUUGGCUUUGCCGCGGACAUCAGCCAGUUGCUUGACCUUAUCAUCAACACGUUCUACAGCAACAAGGAGAUUUUCCUUCGUGAGCUGAUUUCGAACUCGUCCGAUGCUUUGGACAAGGUGCGCUACGAGUCGCUCACCGACCCAAGCGUGCUGGACGCUGAGAAGGACUUGUACAUCCGCAUCACCCCUGACAAAGAGAACAAGACCCUCAGCAUCCGCGACACUGGUAUCGGUAUGACCAAGGCCGACCUCGUGAACAACAUUGGUACCAUUGCCAAGUCUGGCACCAAGGCAUUUAUGGAGGCACUUCACUCUGGUGCCGACAUUAGCAUGAUUGGCCAGUUUGGUGUCGGUUUCUACUCUGCAUACCUUGUCUCGGACAAGGUGCAGGUUAUCACCAAGCACAACGACGACAACCAGUACAUUUGGGAGAGCUCUGCGGGUGGUACUUUUACCAUUACCGAGGACACGACUGGUCCCAGCCUCGGCCGCGGUACCAACAUGAUCCUCCACCUCAAGGAGGACCAGCUCGAGUACCUCGAGGAGAAGCGCAUCAAGGACAUUGUCAAGAAGCACUCUGAGUUUAUCUCGUACCCUAUUCAACUGCUCGUUACCAAGGAGAUUGAGAAGGAGGUCGAUGAGCCGGAGACGGAGACGGCCGAUGAUGACAAGAAGCCCAAGAUUGAGGAGGUCGAAGAAGACGGCGACAAGAAGAAGAAGAAGACGAUUAAAGAGACGGUCGAGGAGAAUGAGGAGCUCAACAAGACCAAGCCCCUUUGGACCCGUAACCCCGAGAGCGUCUCGUCUGAGGAGUAUGCUUCGUUCUACAAAACGAUUGCGAACGACUGGGAAGACCACCUUGCCGUCAAGCACUUUUCCAUUGAGGGCCAGCUUGAAUUCAAGGCACUCGUCUUUGUGCCCAAGCGUGCUCCGUUUGACCUCUUUGAGUCGAAGAAGAAGCGCAGCAACAUCAAGCUUUAUGUCCGCCGCGUUUUCAUCACUGAAGACUGUGACGAGCUGAUGCCGGAAUACCUCAACUUUAUCAAGGGUGUCGUUGACUCGGAGGACCUCCCGCUCAACAUUUCUCGUGAAGUGCUCCAGCAGAACAAGAUUCUCAAGGUUAUUCGCAAGAACCUUGUUAAGAAGACGCUCGACAUGAUCUCGGAGAUUGCCGAGGACAAGGAGUCGUACAACAAGUUUUACGAGGCCUUUGGUAAAAACAUCAAGCUCGGUAUCCACGAGGAUGCUGGCAACCGCCAGAAGCUCGCAGAGUUCUUGCGCUUCUACUCGACCAAGGGUGGCGACGAGAUGACCAGUCUGAAGGACUAUAUCACGCGCAUGCCUGAGAUCCAGAAGAACAUUUACUAUCUUACUGGCGAGAGCCUGCAGGCUGUCCGCGACUCGCCCUUCCUCGAGGUGCUUAAGAAGAAGGGCUUCGAGGUCAUUCUCAUGGUGGACCCCAUUGACGAGUACGCCGUCUCGCAGCUCAAGGAGUUUGAUGGCCACAAGCUCGUCUCUGUUUCGAAGGAGGGCCUUGAGCUCGAGGAGACGGACGACGAAAAGAAGCAGCGCGAGGAAGAGGCCAAGCAGUUUGAGGAGCUUACCAAGACGAUCAAGGACGUGCUGGGCGACCGUGUCGAAAAGGUGACUGUGUCGAGCCGCAUUGUCGGCUCCCCCUCUGUCCUUGUUACCGGCCAGUUUGGCUGGUCUGCCAACAUGGAGCGUAUCAUGAAGGCCCAGGCCCUCCGUGACUCGUCCAUGUCGCAGUACAUGGCCUCGAAGAAGACGAUGGAGAUUAACCCGCACAACCCCAUUAUCAAGGAGCUUUCUUCCAAGGCGGCGGAGGACAAGAACAGCCCUAUGGUGCGCGACCUUGUCUUCUUGCUCUACGACAGCAGCUUGCUCACGUCUGGUUUCACCCUUGACAACCCGCAAGAGUUUGCAAACCGCCUCUUUAAGCUCAUUAACCUCGGCCUGUCGAUUGACGAUACGGAGGAGGCUCCUGCUGUUCAGGAGGACAGCAAGGCCGACGCAGUCGCUGGUGACACGGCUAUGGAGUCGAUCGACUAA